AUGACCAAAACGACGCCGGAUGAUGCUCACGUUGACGUUCUCUGUCGACGCUCCGGCAACUAUCAGCCUUCUCCAUGGAACCAUCAUUGUCUCCUUUCGAUCGAUAGUAAAUAUGCGAAAGAAGAUAAAGUGAUAACUAGAGAUUUGUUGAAGAAUAAAGUGAAGAAGAUGCUUGAUGUUGAAAAGGAGAGUUGUCUCGAACAAUUAGAGCUCAUCGACGAUUUGCAAAAACUUGGGGUUUCAUAUCAUUUUGAGCUAAAAAUAAAUAACAUUUUAAUGGAUUUUCAUCAAAAAAUUGUAUGGGAAUGUAACAAUGAAGACGAUAUACAAAUUACCGCACUCGAAUUCCGACUUCUUAGACAACAUGGUUUUAAUGUCUCAGAAGAUAUAUUUGAUGUGACCAUCGACAAAAUAAAAGGCAAUACAUUCAAGAGUGAUGAUGUAAAAAGUAUCAUCACUUUAUACGAAGCGUCGUAUCUCUCCACGAAAUCGGAUACGAAAUUGCGUGAAGUCAUCAGACCUUUUGCACUACAACAAAUAAGAAAAUUUGUUGAAAGUCAUCAUGAUUAUGAUGAUACUUACAAUACUGAGAUGGCGAUUCAUGCGUUAGAAAUGCCGUACCAUUGGAGAAUGAGAAGGCUAGAGACGAGAUGGUACAUAGAUGCAUACGAGAAGAAACGUGACAUGAAUGUCGUCUUGAUAGACUUUGCCAAAAUCGAUUUCAAUAUCCUACAAACUUCUCAUCAAGAAGAUCUCAAAUAUGUUUCAAGCUGGUGGAAGGAGACAUGUUUGAGUAAGCAACUUCCCUUUGUAAGAGACAGAAUAGUCGAGAAUUAUUUUUGGACCGUUGGAUUAAUAUGCGAACCACAAUUUGGAUAUAUUCGACGGAUCAUGACUAUAAUUAAUGCACUUGUUACAACUAUCGAUGACAUCUACGAUAUAUAUGGCACCCUUGAAGAACUUGAACUCUUCACUGCCAUGGUUGAAAAGUGGGAUGUAAAUCGUCUUGAUGAUCUCCCCGAAUACAUGAGGUUGUGUUUUCUUAUUUUGUUCAAUGAAAUCAAUAGCAUUGGAUGUGAUAUUCUCAAACACAAAAAUAUUGAUGUCAUCCCUUUUCUCAAGAAAUCGUGGGCAGAUUUAUGUAACACAUAUCUAGUGGAAGCAAAGUGGUAUAAAAGAGGAUACAAACCAGGCGUGGAAGAAUACAUGCAAAAUGCUUGGAUUUCAAUUUCGGCCCCAACAAUGUUAAUCCAUUUUUACUGCAUUUUCUCUGACCAAAUCUCAAUUCAAAUCUUGGAGUCUUUGUCUCAACAUCGACAAAACGUUGUCCGAUGUUCCGCCACCGUGCUCCGUCUAGCUAAUGACCUUGGAACUUCACAAGAAGAAUUGGCGAGAGGAGACGUUCUGAAAUCGGUCCAAUGUUACAUGCAUGAGACCGGAGCUUCUGAGGAGAAGGCACGUGCGCACGUGCACCAGCUGAUCAGUGAAACGUGGGACGAAAUGAAUUACGAAGCAAAAACGGCACGUAGUUCUUCAUUACUUCCUCGAGGUUUUGUGGAAGCUGCAAUGAACCUGGCACGCAUGUCGCAAUGCAUGUAUCAAUUUGGCGAUGGUCAUGGAUUUCCAGACAAAGCCAAGACCGUUGAUCGUGUCAUGGCAUUGCUUGUUAAUCCAAUACCAUUAGAUUGA